UUCACCCACCGGGGUUUAUUAAUUUGCAAAUUCUUCCUCAGUUAGUUAAAAGAAUGAAAUUGGCUGAUAUUAUGACGAUACUAGGUAGUAUAGAUAUCAUUAUGGGAGAAGUUGAUCGUUAAAAUGAUAAUUGAUACAACAGAAGUACAAGCUAUCAAUUCUUUUUCUAUAUUGGAAUCCUUAAAAGAGGUCUAUGGGAUCAUAUGGAUGCUUAUUCCUAUUUUUACUCUUGUAUUAGGAAUCACAAUAGGUGUACUAGUAAUUGUUUGGUUAGAAAGAGAAAUAUCUGCGGGUAUACAACAACGUAUUGGUCCUGAAUACGCAGGACCUUUGGGAAUUCUCCAAGCUCUAGCAGAUGGUACCAAAUUACUUUUCAAAGAGAAUCUUCUUCCAUCUAGAGGAGAUACUCGUUUAUUCAGUAUUGGACCAUCUAUAGCAGUUAUAUCCAUUUUAUUAAGUUAUUUAGUAAUUCCUUUUAGUUAUCACCUUGUUCUAUCCGAUCUCAGUAUCGGUGUUUUUUUAUGGAUUGCUAUUUCAAGCAUUGCUCCUGUUGGCCUUCUUAUGUCAGGAUAUGGCUCAAAUAAUAAAUAUUCUUUUUUAGGUGGUCUACGAGCUGCUGCUCAAUCAAUUAGUUACGAAAUACCAUUAACUCUAUGUGUGUUAUCAAUAUCUCUACGUGUGAUUCGUUAAGACAUAAAUUGCCCCCUACUUCUUUUCUUUCUAGGAAAGAAGUUUUAUGAUUUGAAUAUCUAUUUUCGUUUUUUAUUCAUUAUUCGGGGGUUGAUGAAGAAAACCAGAUAGUUAUAUGAGUGAAAGAAAUGGCUUAUCAAUUUGCAGUAAAAGAUUGAAUCUCAUUUCCUAUGUACAAGAGUUAAGAAAAGUAAACAUAAGUAUUAGAGACUGUUUACCCCAAGAUUAAUUGAUUAGUGAUCAUAACUUGACGUGGGUUCAAAAGAUCAACUUUAUGGGGUUUUUACUAUCUAUUACCAUAUGUAUUACCCUAAAGUAGAUUGAUAAAAAUGAGUGGAUAGCUAGGAACACUAAGGUACACAAAGGAUUCGUAAUAGAGAUUAUGUAAGUCUAUUUUUCUCUGGAUAAAAAGAAUUCUAAUUGGGGCUUUAAAUUGGUAGAAAUGAUCAAGGAGUACUUCCCACGAUUCCGAUCCAGAGUAUACUUCUAUUCUCCGAUUAAGUAAAUAACUAUCAAGAACGAAGUAAUCCUUUAACUUUGUUUAACGUCCCCCUUUUUGAG